CGGCUUCUUCAAGCAGCUAAGAAGGACAACCAGACAGGACAUUUCAUCUGGGUGGGAUCAGACAGCUGGGGGUCUAAGAUCUCCCCCAUACUGAACCAGGAGGAGAUGGCAGAAGGUGCUGUUACCAUCCUACCUAAACGGCAGUCCAUCCGAGGUACUGAUGUUAUACAGAAUAUGAUGUCUAUAUUCUUUAUUGUCAAAUUUAAAUGACACACGUUGUGUCUAUUUUUUGUUGUCUUUGACAAUGCAAUUCAAAUACCCUGAUAUUUCCAUAUAAAACACUGACAUAUACUGUAAACAACAGCAGGAUAUAGGAACACCUGUAAGAUGAAAGUAGUACUAUGUGGAGGUAGUGCUGAAAAAAACGUGUUGAUAAAGUAAUCAGAAAAUCCAAUACACAUCUCUGCAGUAGUUCAGCUGGUGGCUCUAAAUCCAACUGUGCCUCUCAUUGAUCUCUCUAGGGUUUGAUCGCUACUUUAUCAGCAGAACUUUGGAUAACAACAGAAGGAAUAUUUGGUUUGCAGAGUUCUGGGAAAACAACUUUCAGUGCAAACUCAGUCGACACGCUCUGAAGAAAGGAUCCAGCAUCAAAAAGUGC